AUGAACGAUACUCAGUUGGUCAAUCUUGAGCAAUGUCUGCCAUAGAUACAGUUGAAAAUAGACUCUAAGUUCAUUAAUGGUGAUUAGAACUAUCAAACUUAGAACGUCUAAAGGCCACCGUUUCCAGUAACAAAGGGCACUCUGACUGGGCAUCACUCAAAAGCUUAGCUAUUCCUCGAGGAAAGAAAUAACUCAUAAGUCAAUGUAAGAGCGCUGGCCAAGAACGAUAGCAAACUAGCUUUCCAAAUGAUGGCUAAAGAUGAACUCGUAAAAAGGAAAUUUUUGGAAAAUCAAGCCAAGAUAGUUGGGUUGAAGGGAAUGAAUGUAGCUGCAUAGGAAAUAUUCCCUAAAAUCACUAAGAAAAGCACUAACUCAUUCAUCAAGAAUGGUUGCUAGUUGCAAAAAGAGAUCGAGGUAUUCAAGCAAAAGAUAGCCAAUGGCAAUGGAGUUUGGAAUGGAAGCAAGAACCUCAAAGGGAUUGUGACAGCUAAAGGGAUCAAAGCAAAGAAUGCUUUGACUGCUCAGAUCAAUCUACUCAGUAAGAUCAAAGCAUGA